UUUGGUAGAAUGCUAUUAGCGACAGGCGCGUCACUGACUGCCAGUGUCCUGGUGGUUCAGGUGGCCAUCCUGCCGCUCGUCUUCAAGUACAGCAAGUCCGUGCAGAGGAAGAUGGUCUUCUCCAACUGCUUUAACUACCCAAGGAAUCUCGAUUACGACAAUCCCUCGAGUGUGGAUAUCAUCGGUGGAAGAAAUUUCAACAUUGAAUUUGAAUCUAAAUUCGAUGAGUGUCCUAUAAAACUCGGUGUAUGGCACAUGAUCCCGUGCUCGGUGUUCCGUGAAGUGUUCGUGAUCCGGGACUACUUGACUGCUGACGUCAGACUUCACAACGAGCUCAAGAAGACACACAACGCGGUCGUAUUGUACUGUCACGGUAACUCAAACCACCGCGCGUCUCCUCACCGGCUGCAGAUGUACAAGGUCUUCCAAGAGCUGAACUUCCACGUUAUCACCUUCGACUAUAGAGGGUACGGCGAUUCGUCCCCGGUGCGACCCACAGAGAAGGGCGUGGUGGAAGACGCCCUGGAGGUGUACUCUUGGCUGCUUGAGAACCUCAACCAGGAGGACAAACCCAUGGUGCUGCUGUGGGGGCACUCGCUUGGCACAGCAGUGGCAGCAAACAUGGUAUCCCACAUGUCCGAGUUGUGCCAGCAGGUGGGCAAGCCCUGCUUACCACUGCCAGAUGGGCUGGUGAUGGAAGCCCCCUUCAACAACCUCACAGAGGAGAUAGUCGCUCAUCCCUUCUCGAAGCUGGUAUCCUGGCUGCCAUACUUCAAGGACACGUUCGUGAAGCCGUUCCAAGUCUCGUCCGAGUAUUCGUUCACCACGGACCAGUACCUGGCCAGCGUGCCACACCUGCCCAUCCUCAUGCUGCACUCCAAGUGUGACAGAAUUGUGCCCUACGACUUGGCUGUUAAGCUUCACGACACGGUGAUGGCGUCAAGGCAGCACGGCGGUGCUCCGCUGGUGUUCCACACGUUCGACCGCUGCAGCCGGCUCGGGCAUAACAACCUGUGCGAGGCGAAGGAGCUCAAGGAAGUCGUUAAGAAUUUCAUGGAUUUGGUGAAGGGCGUCUAGUGCAUAAAUACAUACAUAU